AUGGAUAUCAUGGAAACUUUCCAGGCUUCCCAGGCCGCUGAAGCUGACGAAGUUGCCGACAUUUCGCUUCAGCUGCUUCGAAACAAAGAUGAAUCUGAGCUGGCCAAGCUGCUCGAGGCAGCCAAAACCAAUGGAUUUUUCUACCUCGACCUCCGAAACACAGAUGGUAGCCCAGGUCCUCUUCUUGAAAUUUCAGAGAAGAUUUAUGAUCUUCUAGAAGAUCUCUCCAAUCAGACUGGGGCCCUAUCAGGCGCAAUGAAACCCGAUAGGUCCAAGAAAAACCCCAAAGAUGUAUUUGGAUCUAUAGGAACUUUUAUCCCGUUCAGCGAUGAUGAUACCUUCAACUUAAGAAGCCGUAUAGACCUGGCUCGAGGCAACAACCCUGCUACCGUCCAGGAUUUUGCGAGUGCUGCUAAAGAUGCGAUGAUUACCCUCGUACGCUCUUUCAUUUGGGUCCCGAAUGAAGACACCAAACUACCUAAUCGUCUGGUGGAAGGAACCCUCAACAUGGUCGACCACUUGUGGGAUGAUCCUGAUCAGUUAGAAGCCGAAAGAGGUGUUCCACAAAACCUGGAUAUUGACUCAGAGGCUACUACGCUUCUCUUCACAGAGGAGCCGGGGUUACAAAUUGACACGCAUGCUGGCAAAGACGAUGGAGGCUGGAAGCAUGUCCCAGCACGCGAAGGACGUGCCGUAGUCAGCUUGGGCGGUGGCAUGGCGAUGCGAGCCGUGCCACCAGAUGGAAAGGCUACGACGACGCGACCCUCUUUUGCUUACACGCCACGGGACGAGUCUAAUAAGCCCUUGACUGGACUAAGAGACCGCCUCGUCCAAUCUCUGAAAGACUGAAAGUAUUCAUAUGGAGUUGGCUGCUUGGCUGCAACGCAAGCUCGGGUUACUGCGUCUCAACUCUUACGAGAAGAACGAGGAAUGGAUGUUCACCAACUACAAGGCGGACUGGAGAUAGGUGGGUACUUUCCAUAUGGCCCGGGAGAUCAUUUUGACUAUGGUUCGUACUAUGAUUCAUAAAUUGUUUGGGAGAGCUUGCACAUGCACUUUUUUAGCGGUGUUGAGAUUGGUUUUUUGUUUUUGUAAUUAAAGUGCCAUUGGAACUAAAACCAUUUGAUAAGCUGAAUUCAGUGUCGUUUUCUUUGGGACAGCUUGAGUAUAACUAGCAUGC